AUGGGGCCUGCUAGACACUACGCCUAUACAAACAGGAAGAGGGGAGAAGCCCAGGAGUGGAGAAGAUGGAAAGCAGGAGAAAGAUGGACAAAAAAGCCAGUAGCAGAGCUUGGCACUGCAAUUGGCUUUUUGUUGCCGCCUGUUUUGGUUCCAAAUACACCUAAUGACAUUGAUUUAAUGGCACAUAAUAUAAGCAUCAUGUUCUAUGGAACAGCAAUAGUAUCCACGCUUCUCUUCUUCUUAGCUGGAGUUGUGUUUGAAGAAAAGCCUAAAUACCCUCCUAGUCAUUCUCAAGCAGUCCUUCGAACUAUGCCUCCUGAGGAUUACUCCUACAAGCAAUCGAUUAUUAACUUAUUCAAAAAUAUUCCAUUUGUACUUUUGCUGAUCAGUUAUGGUAUUAUGACAGGGGCAUUUUAUUCUGUCUCCACUUUAUUAAACCAGAUGAUAGUAACUCAUUAUGAGGGAGAAGAAGUGAACGCUGGGAGAAUUGGCUUGACACUGGUGGUGGCAGGAAUGGUGGGUUCGAUUAUUUGUGGUUUGUGGCUGGAUUACACUAAAACAUACAAGCAAACUACUUUGAUUGUUUACAUUCUCUCUUUUAUUGGGAUGGUGGUAUUUACUUUCACCCUGGAUCUUGGAUACCUUAUAGUAGUGUUUGUGACUGGAGGAGUACUUGGGUUUUUCAUGACUGGCUAUAUCCCUCUUGGGUUUGAAUUUGCUGUGGAAAUUACGUACCCAGAGUCUGAAGGCACUUCAUCAGGGCUCCUUAAUGCAUCAGCACAGAUAUUUGGAAUUAUCUUUACCCUUGUUCAAGGAAAGCUCACAACAAACUACAGUCCUCGUGCAGGAAACCUCUUUCUUUGUGCUUGGAUGUUUGUGGGCAUUAUCUUAACAGCCUUAAUAAAAUCAGAUUUGCGAAGGCACAAUCUGAAUUCAGGGAUUAUGAAUGUGGACAUUAAAGCUGUGCCAGUUGACAGUCCUGGAGAGCAUGAAACUUGUAAUACAUUAAAAAUGCAGUCAGCUUUGUGAGGCUGAAAGAAGGUGACUUGGAAACGCACAAUUUUGGUUGAACACUGAACAAUACUAAUUAGUAUAAUCACUGGAUUUGUAUGUAUAUGAGUAGUAAAAUGUGUUUGUUAGAUAUUGGUGAUAUUUGUGCAGUGGAAACUGUGAAGAUGCCCAGUUCAUUUUGCCCAAGACCAACAAUUUACCCUCAUAUGGAAUGUUCAUCCUAGCAGUUUCCAACUUUUGUAGUUUCUCUAGUAAAGAACUGUCUGAGUGCUCUCCUGGGAGAAACAUGCAUUCAGGGUACACACAGGAAAAUCUGGAGUACUAAAGAACAAUCAUAUCAGAAAUACCUAAUCUUUUUUUUUUUUGUUUUCCAAGAAAUCAAGAGUUAGUUAAUUUCUUAAUCAGAUUUUCUUGUGCAUUUGAAAAGUCAGAGAGUAGAUAGCUGCACAACUGGAGGAUAUUAAUACUUCUAUUUUUUUAUUUUUUAUUAUAUCUGAUAUAAACUUACUGUUUGUUCUGGGAAACUUUGUCUAUAGCACAAUACUGAAAAUAAGAGAUGGCUGCAGUCAUGAAUAUUUCAUACUGGCAUCUGACAUUUCUGUUGCCUUGAAACUUCUUGGUAGAUACCAGAAAGCACAUAAGAGAGAGUGCUUUCUUAUAGAUUCAUCAUAACUUUUGGGGGGAUAUCUAACGAGUUUCCCGCUAGACAAAUUGAAGAGGAGUUUCUCAUAAAAGGAAAGAAUAAGACCUUUGAUAGUUCUACUGUGGAGUGUUUCUAGGCAAUGGAAAGCUACCACUCAGAUUGCCUCUACAGAAUAUUUUGAGUGCUUUCUCAGUUUAAGUGAGAGGAGUAUGUGUUUACAAAGAGAUGGUGCCUUUACUUUGUAAAGAAGAUCCUUGCCCCAUCUUAAGUUUAAUUAGUGCUGCUGAAGAAAUUCCUUUCUGCAUGUUUAACCUCCUCUGAAUAUUUGUGGACCAUCAGCAAACGUGCUCUAUCUUUUUGGCAUUUAUUUCUCUGCAUUAUGAAUUGUAUCAUCUGUGUCUUGCAAAAUUUUUGUGCUCAUCACAUAACUUAGAAGAAAGUCAUGUCUUAUCUUUCACAGUUUGUUUAAAGCUGUAAAGAUGACUGAAAGGAAAGCAAUGGUGCUUCACUUCAUCUGAUGGGAUAUUUGCUGUUUAUAUCAUGCACCUUAGCUACCAAAGGAGUGGACUUCAUUAACAUUCACCUUGUGUUAUUACAGUUAUCUGAAAUUGGGGUGUGGGCUUCUCCCAGCAGUACUUCUGCAAAUGUUGUGCUUUAUCUACACAAUUACAGAGUUGAUAGCAACACAAUAAUGCUGAGGCCUUGCUAUUACUGAGAAGUCAAACCUGAGUUAGCUGACUUUUUGCAAACGUUUCUUAGCAGAAGAAAAGUGAAAGUUCCCACAGUAUUUGUGAAGCUGCCCCUUGGUAACUGUGGGUGGCUUUUGCUUUUGGAGAAUAGUAAUAGUAUGUGCCAAUUUAUAUCUUUCUUCCCUAAACACAGAUUCAGUACAGCAGUUAUUGUGUUCCUGGCCCAAGGUUGCUAUGUAUUUCCCCUAUUACAAGCCUUUAGCAAGACCUUCUCUCUGCGGUUUUGGGGAAGUAUUUCCUAAAUAUCCAGUGGAAAGUCUUUGACACUAUUCAUAAUGCUUUCUAAAUGUCUAGUACACACUAUUCAACUUCCAAGACUCAUUUCCCCCCCUAUUUUUUAUUUUUAAAUUCCUUUCCCUGCUACUAGUUCCCAUUUUCUUUGGUGUUUAUAAGAAAGUUGACUCCUUCCUUCUGGUGUUCAGUUCAUUAUUGAAAAAUGCUCUAGCCCUGCUGGCUCCUUGUAAUUUAUCUUCUGCCAAAUUACUUGGCUCCCCUCUGAAAAAGUUGUAAACAAGAUUUUGGCAUUCUAGAAAGCCUGCUGAGCCCCUGAAAAGAAAAUAUUCCUAAUAAUGAAGGCUUAAUUACAUCCUGGAUUUAAUACCCCCUAAAAGGAGCUUGAAAGUUGGAAACGUGUGAGCAUAUGUUUAUCUGAAAGCUAUUUCUGAGCAAGGAUAAAGUAUAUAAAUACAAUAACAAAGUAAAGAACAAACUAGCUAUUUUAUGCAAUAAUCUUCUUGUCAAUCUCUCCAGAAACUGAGGUUCCAGCUGGUGGCAGAAAUAGAUCUGGGGUUGUUGGAGCUUUUUAUGCUUCUGCUUUUAUUUUUUGUUUUUAAAUAAACAACUUCCACCCAGUCAAACUAUGUCUGGAACUGGAAAUAAAGUUUCUAACUCUAAGCCUUCGGAUUCUGGCUCAGCCCUCAAGUAAGAGUAGUGGGGGGAGAGGGCCAAAAAAAAAAAACCUACCUAAAGAGAGGCAAACAGUUUAUGCAUGGAAUUAAAUGUCAGCCGUGAGAGGAUGGGAUUGGAAACCGAAUCAGGAGGGACCUUCCAAUCCCAUGCAUCAGCUUUUGCUUGUCAGUUAUGUUUUUCUUUUGAGUGCUUCAAGAGAACUCUUGAGGAUGCAAGAAAAUCCAUGUAGUCUUUAGCGUAAGCAGUCGGUCUGCCCUCAAGUUAUCAGUGGCCCACUGGGGUGUAUAAUUGCUAACUUUCAACUAAAAGAUUCAAAGUUUAGCCUUUAAAACAGAUCUGGCUUUCUCUUUCUAUUUUCGCUGGAGUGUGUGAAGCUUUUGUUAACUUCAGUAAGAGGGACCAAAGAACAUUGACCCAUUUUUGUCUAGGACUCCCAAUAUGGUCUUAAAAUCCUUGUUUCUGUUGGUUAGGUUUGAAACUUUUAGGCUUGAUAGCACAGUCUGGAAUUUCUGUAAAUGGAAGUUUUCUUCAACUUGAAAGAGAAGUUCUUCAUAGCAUUUAUUUGUAGAUUGGUGCUUGUCCUUAAUAGCGUCUCUUCUGCUGCUGAGUGGUUGUGUUUUGAGAGAAGAAUAAAGAACAGAAAAUUUCAGAAUAAUAGGCCUUUCCUAGCUACAUCUCCUUGGUCAUCUCUUGUGCUCAGGACACUCAGCUGUCUCUGAAUCCAUCACUGGAGUGUGUAAUCAGAGCUGCCAGCCAGUGUUGCCUACUGAAAAAUUGCGUUUUGAAAAAUCUUUGGACUGACUUGUGUGUUCACAACCAAAUGAAAUUGAUUAAGCUGUGAGUAUUUAUCACUUUCAUUUUCCAUUCUGUAAACUUGUGAGAUUUCCUGCGUGAAUGGGAAUGUCUGACCUUUUCCGUUGCUGUCUUUCUCAAUAGCUGUAUGUACCACCUUCUUCAGUGUUACAGACUGCUAAUGGUUGAUUCAUAGACCACAGGCUAGAUUGUAUCCCUUGUAUCCCAUGUGAUUCCCCCACCCCCACCAUGUGGUCUGAAGUCUGUUAAGAGGGAGAAUUGAGGUUAAUGCAUGAAAUAGAAUGAACUAAGCAAAAAUAUUUCUGAGAAGUGUAUUUAUUUCUAAGAUCCAUGUUAUUUACCGACCAUGUAUUUGUUCUCUUCACGAAGAUAGCAGAGGUCUUUUUUUGUAAUUUGUUUUUGUUAGUGUCCCAUUCUUUACGUUUCAGGAAAAAUUUAAAAAUGCUUAUGAAUGUUCUCUCCAUGCAAUAUUGUACCUAUGCGUAUAUGUGGGGGGAAUCAUUCCUUAUCAUCAUAUGUUACUAGUGUUGUGUAUAAAAUGUAACUUGACUGAGGCCAAAAUUACCAUGAUCCAUUUUUUUUUCCAAAGCUGUCAUUUAAUGUAGUAAAUUUUAUAUGUGGUUUAUAUACUAUGUCAUUAAUAAAAGUGCUUGCAUAGAUAUAUGUACUGCA